GUCUGAAGGAGGCGCGGCGCAGCGCGGCGGGGGGUUGCCUAGUGGCAGUAAGCACUCCGCGAGCCGUGCGAAGAGAGGGAGAAGGAGGAAUAUAUUGAUGACCCGUUCAUCUUUGGAAAGACUAAGCGUGUUCAUUAAGGUGUGACUUCAUUUCUCUUCAGAAAUUCUGCUUGGUUGGGAUCGUGUAAUACAGGAAUGGCAUAACUGUGAGCAUCUCUCUGCUAUCUGUUUGAAGAGGACACUGUUGGGGGGCCCAGGUAUUUCUUUUAUAUUUUAUAGUUGUAGAGGUGUCCGGACUCUGUAAUGGUCAAAGAUUUCCAGUAGAAGAGGAUGAGACAAGAACUGAAUGCAUGUGGGAGACUCUGGACCUAGGCGCUUCAUUCUUUUGAUGCUAGCUGGGAGGGAACUUGAUAAACAUUUUCACAAACUUUUCAUAGGAAAAAACAGAUUUGUGGGUCUGUACUUCCAGACAGAAUCUUUACAGACAGAAAAUUCUGAAUAUGGCUUGACUUGAUCUUGGCAGUGUUUCUAAUGAGUGUCCCAUGGACGGUAUCAAGGUCAGGGGGUUCUACUCUAGCACUGAAGAGCAGAACCCUGAGCAGCAAGCUGAUAUCAGUGAAAACAUUUCUUCAUUGUUCUCUUUAAAAGAGCAACAGAAAAUGAGUGAGUAUUCUGGACUGGCAAGUAACCAUAGCCAGAUGAUUGCUGAAGAUUCUGAAAUUCAGCCAAAACCUGAACACUCUCCUGAAGUUCUUCAGGAAGAUAUUGAGAUGAGCAGUGGAUCCAGUGGAAAUGACUUCAGUGGAAAUGAGACGAAUGAAAACUACUCCAGUGGACAUGAUUCUCAUGGCCAUGAAUCUGAUGAAAAUGGGAAAGAUUCAGCAAUGCUCAUGGAAUCUUCAGACUGUCAUAAAAGUUCAAGCUCAAAUGCAUUUAGUCUGAUGAUUGCGAACUCUGAACACAAUCAGUCUAGCAGUGGAUGCAGCAGCGAGCAGUCUACUAAAGCCAAAACACAGAAGGAAUUAUUGAAGACAUUACAAGAGCUGAAAGCUCACCUUCCUGCUGAAAAGAGAAUUAAAGGCAAAUCUAGCGUCCUAACAGCAUUGAAGUAUGCCCUUAAAAGCAUUAAACAAGUUAAAGCCAAUGAGGAAUAUUACCAGUUGCUGAUGAUUAAUGAAUCCCAGCCUUCUGGACUCAAUGUGUCAUCCUAUACAGUGGAAGAAGUUGAGACUAUAACCUCAGAAUACAUAAUGAAAAAUGCAGAUAUGUUUGCUGUAGCCGUAUCUUUGAUUACUGGGAAAAUUGUGUACAUCUCUGAUCAAGCUGCUUCGAUUCUUCGCUGUAAGAGGGGUUAUUUUAAAAAUGCCAAAUUUGUGGAGUUAUUGGCACCUCAGGAUGUCAGUGUUUUCUAUACUUCUACUACCCCAUACAGAUUACCAUCUUGGAAUAUUUGCAGCAGAGCUGAGUCUUCCACCCAAGAUUGCAUGGAAGAGAAAUCUUUUUUCUGUCGCAUCAGUGCAGGGAAGGAGCGUGAAAAUGAGAUUUGCUAUCACCCAUUUCGGAUGACUCCUUACCUUAUCAAAGUACAAGAUCCAGAAGUAGCAGAGGACCAACUUUGCUGUGUGCUGCUUGCAGAAAAAGUGCAUUCUGGUUAUGAAGCACCCAGAAUUCCUCCAGACAAAAGAAUUUUUACAACAACACACACACCAACCUGUUUGUUCCAAGAUGUAGAUGAAAGAGCUGUACCUCUGUUGGGAUACCUACCUCAGGACUUAAUAGGAACACCAGUUUUGGUGCACCUUCACCCAAAUGACAGACCCUUAAUGCUAGCAAUUCACAAAAAAAUACUUCAAUAUGGAGGACAGCCUUUUGACUAUUCACCAAUCAGGUUUUGCACUAGAAAUGGAGAUUAUAUAACCAUGGACACUAGCUGGUCCAGUUUCAUCAAUCCUUGGAGUCGAAAGGUUUCAUUUAUCAUUGGAAGACACAAAGUUAGGACGGGUCCCUUAAAUGAGGAUGUUUUUGCUGCUCCCAACUACACAGAGGACAGAAUCCUUCACCCCAGCGUUCAGGAGAUCACGGAGCAAAUAUAUCGGCUAUUACUACAGCCUGUACACAACAGUGGAUCCAGUGGCUAUGGAAGUCUAGGUAGCAAUGGCUCACAUGAACACUUAAUGAGUGUGGCAUCCUCCAGUGACAGCACAGGAAAUAAUAAUGAUGACACACAAAAGGAUAAAACAAUAAGUCAAGAUGCCCGUAAGGUCAAAACUAAAGGACAGCAUAUUUUCAGUGAGAAUAAAGGAAAAGUAGAACAUAAGAGAGAACCUUCUGCAGAAAAACAAAAUGGUCCUGGUGGUCAGGCGAAAGAAGUAAUAGGAAAGGAUACUACAGCUACUCCUAAAAAUGUGGCUACUGAGGAGUUGGCAUGGAAAGAACAACCUGUAUAUUCUUACCAACAGAUUAGCUGCUUGGAUAGCGUCAUCAGAUACUUGGAGAGUUGUAAUGUGCCUGGUACAGCAAAAAGAAAAUGUGAACCUUCAUCAAGUGUGAAUUCUGGUGUUCAUGAGCAAAAAGCAUCUGUUAAUGCUAUACAACCCUUAGGAGACUCUACUGUGUUGAAGGCGUCUGGUAAAGCAAGUGGUCCCCCAGUAGUUGGUGCUCACUUAACUUCUUUGGCCUUACCUGGCAAACCUGAAAGUGUUGUAUCACUCACAAGUCAGUGCAGCUACAGUAGCACCAUUGUUCAUGUUGGAGACAAAAAACCACAACCUGAAUUAGAAAUGAUAGAAGAUGGUCCAAGUGGAGCAGAACUCUUAGAUAGCCAACUUCCAGCCCCUCCAUCGAGUUCUACGCAUGUAAAUCAGGAAAAAGAGUCAUUUAAAAAACUGGGACUUACAAAGGAAGUCCUUGCUGUGCAUACACAAAAAGAAGAGCAAAGCUUUUUGAAUAAGUUCAAAGAAAUCAAGAGAUUCAAUAUCUUCCAGUCCCACUGCAAUUACUACUUACAAGAUAAACCUAAAGGAAGGCCUGGUGAACGUGGUGGCCGUGGACAACGAAAUGGAACUUCUGGAAUGGAUCAGCCUUGGAAGAAAAGUGGGAAAAAUAGGAAAUCAAAACGCAUUAAACCACAGGAGUCUUCAGACAGUACAACUUCUGGAACUAAAUUCCCCCAUCGCUUUCCUCUUCAGGGUUUAAAUACUACUGCUUGGUCACCAUCGGACACUUCACAAGCAAGCUAUUCAGCGAUGUCUUUUCCAACUGUUAUGCCUGCAUAUCCACUUCCUGUUUUUCCAGCAGCAGCAGGGACUGUGCCACCAGCUCCUGAGACUUCAGUCACUGGUUUUAAUCAGCUGCCAGACUCGGGAAAUACUUGCCCUAUGCAACCGUCCCAGUUUUCUGCCCCCCUUAUGACACCUGUUGUAGCUCUUGUGCUCCCCAACUACGUCUACCCAGAAAUGAACAAUAGCUUACCUCAAACGCUUUACCACAGCCAAGCCAAUUUUCCUACCCAUCCUGCUUUCUCAUCUCAGACAGUAUUUCCAGCGCAGCCUCCAUUCACUACCCCUACCCCUUUCCCACAACAGGCAUUUUUUCCAACGCAACCAUUCCAUUAUAAUCCACCAGCAGAAAUUGAAAAGGUUCCUGUUGCAGAGACACGAAACGAGCCAUCCCGUUCCUGCACUCCGCAGUCAGUGGGUCCUCAAGACCAGGCUUCACCGCCUUUAUUCCAAUCAAGGUGUAGCUCUCCUCUGAAUCUUCUACAGUUAGAAGAAAACACAAAAACUGUGGAAAGCGGAGCUCCUGCGGGUUUGCAUGGAGCUCUAAAUGAGGAAGGAGCCAUAGGCAAAAUCAUGACAACUGAUGAUGGUAGUGGAAAGGGAUCCCUACCAGCUGAGUCUCCAAUGGAUGCUCAAAAUAGCGAUGCGCUCUCCAUGUCCAGUGUCCUGCUUGACAUUUUACUUCAGGAAGAUGCAUGCUCAGGCACUGGCUCAGCUUCAUCAGGGAGCGGAGUGUCUGCAGCUGCUGAAUCUCUCGGGUCCGGAUCUAAUGGCUGUGACAUGUCAGGGAGCAGAACAGGGAGUAGUGAAACCAGUCAUACCAGCAAAUACUUUGGGAGUAUCGAUUCUUCAGAAAACCAUCAUAAAACAAAAAUGAAGGCAGAAAUAGAAGAAAGUGAGCACUUCAUUAAGUAUGUUCUUCAGGAUCCAAUAUGGCUUUUGAUGGCAAACACAGAUGACACCGUUAUGAUGACUUACCAGAUACCCUCUAGAGAUUUGGAAACAGUUUUAAAAGAAGACAAGCUGAAAUUAAAGCAAAUGCAGAAACUACAACCAAAAUUUACUGAAGACCAAAAAAGAGAGCUUAUUGAAGUUCAUCCAUGGAUCCAGCAAGGUGGACUGCCAAAGACUGUUGCUAAUUCUGAAUGUAUUUUUUGUGAGGACAAUAUACAGAGCAAUUUUUAUACGUCAUACGAUGAAGAAAUCCAUGAAAUGGACCUUAAUGAAAUGAUUGAAGACAGUGGGGAGAACAAUCUGGUUUCCCUGAGUCAAGCCAGCGAACAACAAACAUAGCCUUUGAGCCUGUUGCUUUUAAAGCUGCUUCAAAAUUACAGUGAUGAUCCGUUAAGGUUUUAAUCUUGUUUGCAGCAAGAUGAAUCCAGUUCAUAAAACAAUGUUUUUCUUGCUCUAAAAGAGUCAUUUGUGAAAGAAUCUCUUUUUAAAUGGUGGCAAUCUCUUCCCAGUAAGGACAUUGUUGAAGAUGGUAUAGCUUUUAUUUAAUGAAAAAGACUCAUAUUUUGCACUUAUGCCUCAAGUUUUUCUUUGUAAACUAUAAAAGCUUUCAUUGAUGCCUACUGAGUGGGUCAAUGAGUACUGUGAGUACUGAAAAUCCCCUUGUAAACAUAUAGUUCUUCAAAUCUUUGAGUAAUGGUUCAGCGUUAUAAAUUGUUCUAGGAAUCUUGCUUAGAAGCUCUUUAGCACUGCUCUUAAUGUUUGAAGUGGUCCAGCAUAGUAGAAUAACCUUCAAGAAAAUCAGUUCAAACUUGCCCUUUUCGUACCAGUUGACCCAUCCUCUUUGUUUCCUAUAGUUUUACUAUGGGAACUUUUUGCCUAAGAGAAACCUUAAGCUAAUUUUCUAAAAUGACCUUGGGUUAAAGUACUUACAUGGAUACUUAAGAAAGCAUAGGUGAGUGCUGACAACUCUGUAGCCUUUUGUUUCAAUGGACACUGCAAUUCUAUGAACUGCUUGUUAUCUUGAAGCAUGAUUUCUGAGAAUUUAUACACAGGAAAUCUGUGCUAAAAAAUUUAAAAACACACAGGAUGACCAUGUAUGAUCCAGUGACUGAGACAAAACGUGGUGUGACCUUAACCUUUAUUUUCAGUCUGUUCUGUUAGGGUGUUGGCUGUCCGUUUUUCUGUUUGGCUAAACAAACAUCAAACUUGCACGUGGCAAGAGAGGGUUAGACGUUUCUCAUAAUUGGAAGGUUUUUCUUACAAAAAGAGAUGUUGAGAAUACCAUUGACUUUCACAGAUUACGUAAUCUAGCACUUGGUGUGGCUGGAGUCCUUUCUUGUCGAGGAUUAAAUUUUAAUGCCUCAGCGAUUGUAUCAACUUGAAUAAUGUGUACUUUGUCCUUGUGUUGUUUGUACGUGUUGGAUGUGGGAAGAGAACAAAAGAGAGUAACUAUCAGUAUUGAUUAGUUAGAAGAAAUCUAGUUGCAGCAUUGCUAGAUGUCAGCUUGUAGGUCUCGGGGGUUAAAAACGUGAAGAAACUCAAUUAACUUUGCUAUGUUUGUCUUAAAAUAUUUUUCAUGAAAGAUUUUUUUUUUAAUAUUAAGAUAACAUUUCUAUUCACUGAAAUUUAAAGUUAUUUUCAUGAUAUAGAAACGUUUCUCUUUGCAUACAAAGAGGACGUGAAGGUAGAUCUGGCACCAUAAAAACAUGCUGAAGUGACUGGUAUUUGCUUAGUAGAAGAAAUGUGUGAAUUAAUUAUUAAUUGGACAGUGUCAUAAGGAAACUUGCAGUGGAGACAGGUUCUUCAGUUAGAAUGUGUGCAGUUACAAAACAAGUAGAAUCACCACUUCAAAAGUGAGUAUCUUACACAUAGUAUGAGACACUCAUCAGUAUGAUCUGGUUCCUGUCUUUAACAGUUCUGCAAGAUCAAACUUCAGUAGAUGUAUAUAAACUGAAUGAGAAACAUUAAAAUGUUGGUGUUCAAGUCCAAUAUAUUAAAUGUUUCAAUCAUAAAUGGAACAGUGCAGCUAUACCAGCAUAUUACAUAUUCCUUUUUUGUGUUUUAUUACAUGUAAACACAAGUAGUUUCAAUUGGACCAGGGUUUGGGAAAAAAUCAAAGCUUUAUAUAUAAAGGAGUGCAUCAUUAUUGAACAUUAUUUUCAGGGACUUCUCAACCACUUUGUGAACUUCUUUGCUUUAGCAUGCUUUUUUUUCUGUUGUCUUUUUCUUUUUGUUCUCAUUUCUUUUUUUUUCAAUGACCAUCUUGUAAGCAUAACUUAGUGAAAGGAAGAGAAAAGUAUAUUUAGAGCAUUUUGUGGAUGUGCUUAAUUACGGUCUUAUUCUUGCAUCCUUAAAGUGUUUGCAUUUACAGGGUGGUAUUAAAUAUUUUCCUGUAACUUUAAAUCUACAUGCCUCCAUUUAUAGAUAAGAUUCUGAAGCUGUAAUUUUUCCAAGCUGUUGUAAGAUGAUUUAUUUGUGAUGACACUUUGUCAACAUGUCAACAAUGUUUUCUGUACACUGUGCAAUAUAUUUUGGUUUUGCCACUUGUGACUAAUUUUUAUGACUUUGCUUUUUAGAAAACUGGUAAAUAAAACAGAUAUAUUUUUA